AUGGUUUCAAUUCUAUGGCUUGCCUUGAACCUGAUAUCUGCCAACGCUUCGCCAGUAUUGGAGCAGCGAGCAGAUAAUACAGCGAUUGUGAACCUUGCAGCGUCCCGCGGACCUUCGAAACAUGCUGCGUCUGGAUUCAUCUAUGGUAUUCCAGAUAAUAGCGGGCAAAUACCAUCCCAUUUCUGGACUGACCUUGAUAUACGAGGUUGCCGCACUGGGGGGGCUCAACUUGGCGCUCCCAACCGUGGCUGGACAUGGGGACUAGGGGAAUACCGCGGGCGAUUUCACUGGCUGGCACAUGAUAUCUGGGGAACAGACAAUACCAAUGCCAGCAGUGUUUGGCCUGGUGACAACGGCAAAUGGGAUGACUACGACAAUUUUGUCCGCCAACUCUUGAAUGAUCUCUAUACGAACAAUGCCCUUAAUGGCACGAAUUACGAGAUAUGGAAUGAGCCUGACAUUAGUAUAUUUUGGAAGGGCAAAGGGGGCAUGCAGCAAUGGAUUGACCUCUACGUCCGGACUCAUAAGCUCAUUCGUUCAGAUUCAAGGUUCAACAACAUGAACAUUGUUGGUCCUAGUCUGGCCUAUCGCCCACAAGCGACGAAUGUGUGGUGGACAGAAUGGUUGCGCCAAGUGGCUGGCAAUAACACGAUUCCCGACCAGUAUACGUAUCAUCUGGAAGGGAGUGAGACCGAUACCACCAAUGAUCCGAGUUUCACAAAUGCCAGUCUCUCAGCACUUCUUAAGACAUAUAAUGCCCCACAGAGACAGGUAAAUGUCAACGAGUACGCUCAAUACAAAGAGAUGGUUCCCGGAUCAUAUAUUUGGUGGAUCGCCGGACUGGAGCGCUUCGAUUUCAUCGGUUUGCUAGGCAACUGGCAAGGCGGAACAGUUUUGCAUGAUCUUUUUGCUAAUCUCAUCACGAAGAAAGCCGAUCCGAUGAACUACGCAGCUACAGACUAUGCACCAGCACCAGGCUACUGGGUCUACCGGUAUUACGCCACUAACAUGACUGGCAACCGAGCCACCAUCCAGAGAUCCGGUGACACGCAUCUAGAUGUAUAUGCCACCAUUGGACAGGAUCGCGUGCGACUCAUCGUUGGCACAAAGCUCCAGAGCGGAACGUGGUAUGUCACUCUUAAUGGGUUGACAUCUGUAGGAAAACCAUCAUCUGGAUCUCUAUCCAUCAGUACAUGGGAAUUUGAUGGAAGCAACCCGCUUUCAGUUCAGGCGGCGCCUGUCUUUCGGAAUACGGUCGCACACUCAUAUAGCGCUGGGUCUCUUAACUUUUCCCAUAUAUCAAACUGA